ACAGCAAAAUCUGUCGUCAAUUUCUUCUUUUCAUAUAGAAAAAAUGUCUUUGGAAUGUCUUUAGAAGAUGCUUUGGUUUAUCUGUAACUUGACAAAAUAUCACGUAUAUGUCAAAAGUGAUCAAUAAUUGCUGAAGAAAACCUAAUUGUUGAAAGUGAAAGUAGGUGUCAAUAUCUGUAUACACGAGUUUACCGUAAGAAAUCUUCUUGGAUACAAAACUCAGUGAAGGAAAUUUGAUAUGUUAUUUCGAAGUUUCUCGAUACAAAAACUGUUGUUUAGAAGUUUUAGAAAGAGAACUCUGUGUGUUGUAACUCAGCCAUCAUUACCACACGACCACAUAUAUGAAGUUAUUGUUUCCAAAUCCAAUGAUAUAUUUGCCAACUUAUCAUUGGAAGAAUGGCUUUUUGAGAACCGAGAUCUUUCAAAGAAUUCUGUGCUACUUAUGUGGAAAAAUAGACCAUGUAUUGUGAUAGGACGACAUCAGAAUCCCUGGUUGGAGUGUAAUGUUUCGGAAGGGACUGCUCUGGGUGUGAAUAUUGUUCGUCGAGGUAGUGGUGGUGGAACAGUGUACCAUGAUGAAGGAAAUCUGAACUGUUCCUUUAUCACAGACAAACGUUACUACGAUAGACGUAGGAAUCUCCAGUUUGUCAUCAACGCUAUUAUGUCUAGAUGGGAUAUAGAUCUCCAGAUAAAUGAAAGAGAUGAUAUCAUUCUUGAUCAAUUAUAUAAGGUGUCUGGUACAGCUUCACGUCUAACAAGGGCCAAGACCUACCAUCACUUGACACUUCUGUACAGAACUGACUUGGAAAAGCUGCAGAAAAUCCUUACAAGUCCAUUUGGGACAGGUGUUAAUUCCAAAGCCACAAAGAGUGUGUCAGCACAGGUGAGGAACAUGUCGGACUAUGUGACGGAGAUGGACUUCAGUAAGCUGGUAAAAGUCCUGGGAGAACAUUUCUACCAUGAAUAUGAUCAGCGUAGGUUUGGUGAAAUCCAGUUUGUGGAGCCAACAGAUGAUGCAUUAUUCCCAGGACUUGACAAAUUACAAUCCAAACUACAGGAUUGGGAAUGGAUUUAUGGGAAAACUCCAAAAUUCUUGUUAAAAAAACAUUACAGUCAAACUAUACAUGGAACACAUUUUACAGUUACUAUAGCAACAGAAAUAAACAAAGGAAGGAUAGCCCAACUUGACAUCACUUUUCUUGAUACAAAUCAAAAUGACUUUAUUGAAAGUUUACUUUCAGAUGUAAGAAACAUCAUUAUUGGUCAAAGGUUCUGGAUACCUGACCUGAAAGUGUUGUUACAAGACCUACAAAAAGAUGUAACUGUUGGUAACCAUGGAAACCAGGAUCUCUUUAGUUGGAUAGUAUGUUGUUUAAAAGAUGCAUUCCAUAUACAUAUAUAAGCUGAAAUAUAUUUACAACACAAUUUGAGUAUUGUACACAAGUUCAUGUGCAUUAAACAUACUAAACCCA